CUAUUUUUUUUUUCAAAAGCCUUGAAGAGAAAGAAGAACAAGUAUUAAAAAGUAUAAACACGAUAAGCCUUAUCUAAUUCUUAAUCCAGAAACCUAAUCUCAGUUUAGUUCAUCUUGCUUCAUUUUUUAUUUUGGAGUGAUUUGUUUUGAUUUGCUCAGUUCUUUUUCUUGCUCUGUUAUUUUUUUUGUUUGUACUGUGACGUUUGCAGGCCGGAUUUGAACAGUUUGGCUGUUAAUUCAGCCGAAAUUGGAUGGUCUGUAGUGUAAAGUUUGGGCCCCUGACGAAAGAAUCACUACUAUUAGCUAUGCCCUGUUUAUAAUCUCUGACAAAGGAAUAUCAGAGGUUUUAUGAGGAGAAGGAGGAUAGAUUUGUGCAUCUUUCCCCGCCAACUUUUUUUAUUUGAAUUUGGUUGGCAGGGAGUGUGUAUCCAUGAAUAUUGAUGUUAACGGGGAAAAAGAGUCACUCGAUGAGAAGGACACUGAGGAUAAUAGAGCUUUGGGCGAGAGAGUUAGUUCAGCUCAAGUUGGUGAAUUGAAGGUAGAUGCUAACCAUGGAGCUGCCACCAGCAGAUCCCAGGGAUCUGGUGUGGUGCAGGUGCAGCAGCAACAGCCAACACAGGGCUCGGUGGUUUGUUGGGAGAGGUUUCUUCAUGUGAGGUCCAUUCGGGUCUUGCUGGUUGAGAAUGAUGACUCUACUCGCCAUGUUGUCACUGCAUUGCUCAGAAACUGCAAUUAUGAAGUGGUAAAUGCAGCUAAUGGACUGCAAGCAUGGAAGAUAUUAGAAGAUUUAAACAACCAUAUUGACAUUGUCUUGACAGAGGUGGUAAUGCCUCUUUUAUCUGGGAUAGGCCUUCUAUUGAUGUCAUCUCAUGAUUCAAUGGGUUUAGUAUUUAAAUGUCUCUCUAAAGGUGCAGUCGACUUUUUGGUCAAACCUAUAAGGAAGAAUGAGCUUAAAAACCUGUGGCAGCAUGUAUGGAGGAGGUGCCACAGUUCAAGUGGAAGUGGGAGUGAAAGUGGUACACAAACUCAAAAAUCUGUGAAAUCAAAAGGUACUGAUCAAUCAGGCAACAGUGCAAGUGAUGAUGGGGAAAAUGAUGCAAGCAAUGGGCUAAUAAAUGCUGGAGAUGGAAGUGAUGAUGGUAGUGGGGCACAGAGCUCCUGGACAAAGCAAGCUGUAGAAGUUGACAGCUCUCAAGCUUUAUCACCGGUGGAUCAUGUAGCUGAGUGUCCAGACAGCACGUGCGCCCAAGUUAUUCGCUCAAAUGCCGAGCACUCUGACUACAACAGAGUGCAACUAAGUGCAGCUAGGGAAGGCCACAUGCAACAGCUUCCUGACAAUGGCAAUGAAUUGGACACAACUGUCCAUAGAAAUACUGUGCCUAAAUCAGAAAAUCCUGGGGAGGGACAAGCCAACCCAACUGGCAGAGAAUCUGAUUCUACUAGAGAAGUGGCUAACAAAUUGGACAUCAACAAUAAUGCAACUGACGAUUGUAAAGAACCACACGUUGAGCUUAGUUUAAAGAGGCUUAGAGGAGUUCAGGACAUUGAUGGGUCAGUCCAAGACGAGCGAUGUGUCUUGCGCCGGUCUGAGCAAUCAGCCUUCUCAAGGUAUAACUCGUCCGUAAAUAUUUUCAAGUCUCCCAAUGCAAUAACAGGCAGCAGCUCCGUGCUCGACAACAGUAAUGAAGCCACGAAACGAGAGUCGGCGGGUGACAUGCAAAUACUCUCGACUGACCAUAUUGUAUAUCAAAAUUCGAAAGGAGUUAGCAAUAACAACAUCGACAUGGGGUCCACCACCAACAAGCUCCCCAAAGAUAAAUCCGAAGCAACAUCUACAAUCAAUGGCACACACCUUUCCGCUUUCAGACCUGUGAAGAAUGACCUCAGAUACAACAGUCAACAGCAGGCUGGUGGUCUCUUGCCAAACGGCAUGCAACCCAACACAUACCAAGAACUCCAAAUUCCACAUACCCAUCACCAAAAUUUUCACAAUCCUAACCGUCAAUUUCAGAACAUGGAAAAUCAACCCUCGUCCAAUCAUGAGGAGCCAUCCGUGAAGCAGUUGGCUCUGGAUGCGAAUAAUACGGUGAACUGCAGUCUGAACAGAAGUGCCUCGGGAAGUAAUCACGGCAGUAAUGGACAAAAUGGGAGCAGUGGAGUUAAUGCUGUGGGAAAUAAUCGAGAAAGUGAUGCUGGGCAAGCUGGAAAAACCGGAAGUGGGGAAGCUAGCGGCAGUGGUAUCGGAAAUAAAGCGGAUGAGAUCAGAUUUGCACAGCGGGAGGCUGCCUUGUUGAAGUUCCGUCAGAAGAGAAAGGAGAGAUGCUUUAAGAAGGAGAGUUUCUGGAGAUUUGCAUGGAAUAAUAAUUUGUAUAGUCUACAACCAUGGAAGUCAGUAUCUUUAUUCUUGAUUCAUCUAGCUUUGGAGGAAAAUGACGGACUUAGGUUUAAGUUGAGUGGUAUCAAUUUCAACAGAAUGAUCUGUUUAAGUUUGGGGCCAACAGAUGCUAGAUCUGGUGAGGUACCAGACCAGAAAAAAAUUAGCAGAACAGAGGCCCCGUGUUCGAGGACAAUUUGUAAAGCAAUUAGGGACCGACAGUUCAACCAGAAGUGGAGAUGAAUAAAAUUCGAAAAAUUCACUCUUUCUCCUAAUACCGUAAUAUUUUCUUCACGAAAUAGAAGCUACUUACUUCCAGUUGUAAUGGUUCCAUGUAUCAUAUCAUUUGUUUUGAUUAUUGUUAUAGCUUUCUUAGGUUUGAUGAGUUUCCUGCUGUAACUGAUUACAGUUUAAUCUGACCCUUUGUGAUGGUUACAUGUUUUACAUGGAUUUUGUUGGGACCAUUUUGUGUGAACUUUUGACUUUUGAAUACUGUUGGCAAUGCUCCUCCAUGAAUGCUUUAUUAAGCUUUUAGAUCAUUUUGCC